GUCGGAGUGGCGCUCCCGACUGCUCUCGGUGAGGCGUGCGAGGAUGCCGAGGCGUACCUCGCCGAAUUCCACGAUCUGGCAGCGUGGGGCCAGCGCGCCUGGAGGGGGCGAGCUGAAGGCUUCAAGAUCGCUAGUGAGCCGUUGUUGCAAGCUUGGGACAGGUCGCUGAAGCAGCACUCCAGCGUCGCUUACCGCUCUCGGGCCCGGUUCUACUCGGCAGCCUACCGCUUAGCGGAGAUCGCAGCUGCAGCCGGAGCCAAGCGGUGCCCUGGACUGGCAGCGUUCAGGAGGCAGCGCAGAGUGGUUUCCAGCGUAGUGCCCGCUGACGGCCCGCUGGCCGCCUGGCAGGAAGAGCCCAGGGAGGACCUCGUAGAGCUGCUGUCUUCCGGCGAAGCGGCCGACAGAGAGCGCGCUGCUGAUUUUUUCGACGCCUUGAGCUUGCACUUGUCCCGGCUCCAGAGGGCCGAUCGAGCUGAG